CGACCCAACCCAAUUGGAAUCGGGUUGGGAUGUUAUAUGUUCCGUCCUCCUCGAUAUUUCUCGUUUCAUUCAAGAUCGCUCCUCUCCGUUUCGCUUACGAACUGGAUUCCACUUCAUCUUCGAACCCUAUGAAAGAUAUUAAAACAAAUAAAGCAUGUCUUGUAAAAAGGAAGAGAAGUUGCAAGCUGCUGCUAAAAGGAUUAAGGCUGCGACUCUUAGUGCUGCAAAAGGCCUUAGCUGCGCUCAGGCCGAACGAGCAGCUGCGACUGCCGCUCGGAAUGUUAAUGCUUAUGGGUAGAAAGAAGAAUGGCCUAGCAGAUGGCAGGAGAAAAUGGAAGCAAAGAGGCAGAUGUAUUUAAUGAGUACUGAAAAGGCAGUGAGAUUGGGUGAAAGAAAUGACAUUAAGGUCUCUAUGUCUAGUGCUGGUGGAGCUGCUACACAGUGCCAGAAAUGUUAUCAGAUGGGACACUGGACCUAUGAAUGCAAAAAGGAACGAGUUUACAUGUCCCGACCAUCUUGAACUCAACAACUCAAAAACCCGAAGCUGAGGAUGAAGAUGGCAGUCUCAUUGGAGUUGGACAACCCAGAUUCUGGGGAGGAGAAGAAGCCCAAGAAGCAUUCGAAGAAGAAGAGUAAACGAAAACAUCGGUCCGAUGCAAUCGACAGUGAGGCAUCUGUAUUUAAGAUUGAUAGUGGGUCCUCAUCAGUUACUGAAUCUAAUGAUUCUUCUGAAGAAAGCAGUUCAGAUUACAGUUCAUCUGAAUCAGAGUCAGAAAGGAGCCGAAGAAGGGGAAAGAAGCAGAAGCGGGGGAGAAGAAAGAUGAGGUACAAUUCGUCUUCUGAUUCUUUUGAUUCAGACUCGGGGUCUGAAUCAGAAUCUGAUUCCGACAAUGAACGUAGUAGGAGGAAGAGCAGAAGACACAGUAGAAAAUGCUAGUUGAGGUAAUCGAUCGAUCGAGUGAAAGCGAAUUAGAAUGAUUUUUAUAUCAUUGCAGUUGUAAUUAGUUUAGAGAUUUGAGUUCAUUCAGUUUCUUGUUUAGGGACAUUCUGGAUAGAGUUGUUUGUGUGGAAACUGAAGUUUGGGUUUUUUCUUUUCUUCUUCUGAUAGUUGAGUUUAACAUCUCCUUUCUUUC